UGGUCUGGUCCCUGCAGGUCUGGGCUAGUUGUGUGUAUAUUGAGGUAAUGUUUAGUGCUUUGUGUGUGUGUGUGUGUGUGUGUUUCCAUUAUUCCUUUGGCAAACAGAACUGACAUCAUUCACUCAACACGGAAGCGAUGUUGACUGGCUUCUUUCCGCUGUGGAGUUGAACUGUCAGGAAAAAACACUUUCUUUGUUGCAGCUGCAUAAACAGAAACUGAAAGCAAAGUUGAACCGUACUGUUUUUGUCUAAUAUGAACCAUUUAAUAUAGACCUUAGCAACCACAUAGGGACACAUAUCAUUGACUGAUUGCAAAUCCAGUUUUCUUCAGAAUUUGCUGAUGAGAUGUGAGAUGAUCAUGGAUGUGUAUGGAUGGAUUAUCUUAUGGAUGUGUUUGUUUCUUUCCGUGGAAGGUUAUCUGUCGAGUGUGCUGAGGAAUUACACCGAACAGGCAUGUGACGGAGAAUUCCUGACUGUUCACUGUCCGCCCAGAACCUCCAUCACCAUCCAAUCGGCUUUCUACGGGAGAACAGACCCCGCCCACUCACCUCAGUGCCCUUCCCCUUACAGCAGUGCUGGAACAUUCUCAGUGCAUGACAUCACUUCCUGUCAUGUGUCCACAUCCUUGCAGAAGAUGCUGGAUGAAUGUGAGGACAGGCGGACGUGUCAGGUUCUUGUCAACAGUCGUUUGUUUGGGACAGACCCCUGUCCCACCGUCAGCAAAUACCUCAGUGUGCAGUUCAAGUGCAGACCGAGUGAGUUUAAGAGUAAAGUGGUGUGUGAAGGCGAGCGCCUGCGGCUGGGCUGUAAGGUGGGGAUGCAAAUCACGGUUUAUUCAGCCAUGUUCGGCCACACACAGCAGGGAACACUGGAGUGUCCUCCACACCACCGGAGGGCGCCGUCUGUCGACUGCUCGUCUGAUGUGGCUCUGCAGGUGAUGACAUCACGUUGCCAGGGGAAACGCUCCUGUGUGGUCCGCGCCUCGACACAAGAGUUUGGUGACCCCUGUUACCACGGCACCCGCAAAUACCUCAGUGUCAUCCACACCUGUGUCCCAAAGAAACUCAUGCAGGAGCCGGUUUCUAGGCAUCCAUCGUUCCCCUCUCCCCCAUCAGUGCCUCAUGACCCCAACGUGGUGGGAGACAGCGCCCCUCCGGACGGGACCCCGUCUCUGACCUCAGACUCUGCGCCAGGUAAGAAACCGAGCGCGACUGAUGGACUGACACACACCCUCAGCAGAAACUCUGACUGGAAUCAGUUACCCUCAUCCAAAUAAUCACUUUUAUCAGGAAAAUGAUGAGAAACACUGAUCUGCAAAAUGCAAAAAAACAAAGUUUAAGAAGCUUUUAACGUGAGCUCUGUUUAGAUGACCUUUUGUAUAUUUCCUGAACGUAUAUUAGGCCAAACAGUAUAUUAAUAUAGGAAUAGUUCUCUCUCUCACACACA